AUGAGAUACUUUCACUCACCUUGUACAGAUCUCCGCGUGCCCAAACCUACCAAAGCGGAACUUGAUGGAAAAACACGAAUAUUGGAACUUGAGUUCACCCCGAUUUCCGGGGCGACUUCGUACACAGUGAUUCUGGUUUCCGAUCAUGAAGUUUGGCAAGUGUUUCACAUCACACCAGACACACGUUUCAUUGCCGAAAUUACGUGUUUCACUUGUACUGUGGCCGUCCGUGCUGUGAACGCGCAUGGCCACAGUGCAUUCUCCGAUUUGUUCCCGAUCUCCUCUACUGUUUCACCCGUUAUCAAGACGUGUGCCAAAUACGGACCAUUUAUCUACCCAGAGAUGGAGACCGAAGCCGACGAUUUGAGUCCCCUCUACGAAGCUUUUCUUUUUGAAAAUAAUCACGCACUGGCCAGCAGGAGAUGGUACGGUUAUCAUGGUCGAAUCGAAAAUUCCGCUUGUGUCAUGUGUACACUGUAUGUACGCAAAUGGCAUCUAGGACAACCGUCUACUUUCAGUCAGGGAUGUCGUGUUCGAGCGGAAUCAAACGAUUUGUCUCACCCGUAUUUCAAAGUGGACCCGCAUCCCACGGGCUUCGUACUUGAGUGGCAAUCGAAACAACCAAUCACCAUAAUCUACUGGAACAAUUUAUCCGCAAAACAAAAAGUCACUAUUACAAGCUCAGAGCAAGCUGGAAACAAAGUGUACCUGACUGAUCUGGAUUCGUGCACACCAUACACGUUUGAAGGAUUCUUCUCUGAUGGAUUACUUCAAAAGCCAUGGCAACGAAUCAUUGUGGUCACGGAACCUGAGAAACCAGACGUUAAACAGUUCACAGCUGUUUCUCCGACGAAAACAAUCAUUGAGGCUCAAGUGUUGACCAAGGGUUAUUGUCCCCUAACUUACAACUUUCGUGGCGGUGAAAUCGUUCGCGGUGAGAUGCGUCAAUUCAUUGGAACCCCAUGGGAGAUUGUGGUUAGCCAAGAUACUGGCGCAGUCAUUAAACGAGUCGAACACGGCUAUUCAGUCAGCGUCUACUACGAAAUCCACAACGAUUCGGGUUGUGCUGAUCGACAUAUCAUAAUAACACCGACAGUAAAUGGUCGAAACAUAAGAACUGCUGAGUCUCAGCGGCGGGAAAUUGCAUUUGAUAAUAUUUUAGUUUGCAAAAAUAACAUAUGCACUUACGAAACGGAUGCAGCAGAGGAAAGUGGUCACGAUGCACAACACUCGGAGACGAUUCAUAACCAAGACGAGCCGCGGCGAGGAGGAAAUUUCUGUGAUUGGAAGGCAUCUGGUCAGGGAUUUCCGGGAAAGACCGAUCGAAAUAAGCACUGGGUACGGGCCGUGGUUUGUGGUCAGGAAGAUCGGUGUCGACUGAAUCCCGAGGAGAGUGAUAUGUACGAAUCCGAAAAGAAUCAAUCUGUACUGGGCUAUGAAUGGAUGUGUGGUCCUGGUUAUCCAGGAGAAGAAAUUAGCAAAAUUGUGACGACAGUGCCCUACCAGAGCACUCACAUAUCCGAUAGCUUGCAGAUCGAGGCGUAG